UAAAUAAAUAUAUUUUUCAUCAUUCAACCAUAUUAAAAAGGAAUUUAUUCUGUGAACAUGAUUGAUCCAAAAUAUGCGGAUUUACCAGGAAUUGCCUAUGAUCAACCUGAUGUUUAUGAGACUGAAGAUCUUGCAACUGAUACUUUUCAAGACUGUACAGAGGAAGAUAAUGAUUCAAUAGAAAAAAUAUAUGUCAAUACUAUAGAUGCUUUUCAUAAAUUCAAAGAUAAACAUUUGAGUUCAGUCAAUGCUGAUUUUUCUAAUUCAAUAUCAACUAAAAAGAAAACUGGGUACAAUGUAUCCAGUGGCGAAUGGGAGCAUUCAUACUACAAUGAAAAUGAAACUCCUUUACAAAAGUUUACAAGAAUCAAAUUGGAGAUACAGGAGCUAUUUGACCAAAUCAAGGCAAUGAAUAACCAUCUCAAAGAAAAAGAGGAACCUCAGUCUUUGACCGAUUUAAUGUAUGAAAUAGAUGCAAUGGGUAGAGAGUUAGAUGCUUUAAGUAUUGAUAAAUUACUGAAUGACAAUGAAUCGUCUCUAUCAAAUUACGAAGAAAUAAGAUUCAGAGAAUUAUUGUCUCAAAUUGAACUGUUUAAGCAAAAGAAUAAAUUUCAAAUGACUUUGCCCAAGAGUGAAACAGCUGCAUCGAUUACAGAAAAAACGAAAGAAGGUAUCCUCAAGUAUCAAAUGAUUUAUUUUCCCGAUAAAUCUAAAAUUCAAGACUUAGCUCGAAUAAGUCAUUUAGAAAGAAGGCUCGGUUACUUAGAAACUAUAGUAGGUGUCUCUAAUGACAACUCGUCAAAAUGUUCCCAGAUAGUAAAAUCACAAGGAAUUACAAAAUCAAUAGAAAAAUUAAUGGCCAAUGCUUGUUUACUCAAUAGCACACAGUUGGAUGUAUUGGAGAAUAAAGUUACAUCCUUAAUUUAUAAAACGGAUACUUUAGCACAAAAAAAAAUAUCAGUAGUACCUGAUCCGAAGAAGGAAAAAAUGGUUUGGGAAUUAUAUCACUUAGUAAAACAAUCAGAGUAUCAUUCACAAAUUUUACCACAGAUAAUUGAUCGAUUGUUAUCUUUGAGUAAUCUCCACAAAAAAGCUGUUGAUUUUAUAAAUCAACUUAAGGAAUUGGAAAAAUUGCAGGAGCACAUCAGUACAUCCUUAGAACAUCAGAAAAUAUUAUUAGAAGGAAUGCAAAGUAAUUUUUCUAAAAAUUUAGAAAUAGUUGCAAAUGACAUUGGUGCAAUGAGUGAACGUAUCAAAAGACUGCAGAACUAAUAAUAAUUUACCUUAGUAAUGCAACAAAUAUGGACACAAUUAGAAAUAUAGCAUAUUUUGUAUGUACAAAAAUAAAUCAAGGCAGAUAUUAUCCAUAUUCUAGAAAUUGAGUGAAUAAAUUAUGAAUAUAUUUC